AUGGAGGUCUAUAUCGACGACAUGCUAGUGAAGUUGGUUAAGAAGGAAGACCAUAUCGACCAAUUAAAGCAGGCCUUCGAGAUACUGAGGCAGUAUGGGAUGAAGUUAAACCCAGAAAAAUGCGCCUUCGGCGUACCCUCGGGGAAAUUUCUAGGUUUUCUCGUACCGCAACGAGGCAUCGAAGUCAACCCAGACCAGAUUAAGGCUAUACACACAAUACCCGAGGUUCUGCACAGUGUGCUGAAGAACGAUCAUGGACUACAAUGGAACGAAGAAUGCAUCGAGGCCCUGAAGAAAUUGAAAGCAUAUCUAUCUUCGCCACCACUGCUCGUCAAAGCAGACCCCGGCGAGUGCCUACUUGUGUAUCUGGCAGUAUCCCAAGUCGCUGUCAGCGCCGUCUUGGUCCGCGAAAAUAAAGGGAUACUGCCAGAGGUGGAACAAGAGGCCCUUCGCGCUUCUGCUCGUACUGACCUCUGGACCCUCUACACUGACGGCGCUGCGAAUGCCUCGGGAUCGGGACUGGGACUCGUCCUCGAGGUCCCUACGGGCGAACCUGAUCAAUCACGGUCUCUACAAAAGAACAUCGGAGGUCCCCUUGCCAAGUGCCUCGAGCCGCAUCAAACAAGGCAAGUAUUAGAGGAGGUGCACGAAGGCCAUUGUGGCGCCCAUACAGGAAACCGCUCCCUUGUUCGAUACCUCAUCCGCGCCGGCUAUUACUGGCCUACCAUGAAGAAAGAGGCAACAGAUUAUGUUCGAAGAUGCGAGCAGUGCCAAAAGUACGCCCCCAUGAUACACCAGGCAGGGGAACUCCUCCAUUCAGUCACCUCGCCAUGGCCCUUCAUAAAGUGGGGAAUGGACAUAAUCGGCCCUCUACCGACAGGACGAGGAAAGAAAUCUCCACUGUAUGUACAAAAAUCUCCACUGAAUGAACAAAAAUGUCCGUUGAAUGAACAGAAAUCUCCAUUGAAUGAACAGAAGUCUCCAAUGAAUGAACGGGAAUCUCUAUCCUACGACUGA